AUGGCUGACGCCAACCACUCGUCCAAUACCAGUAGGCUGGCCGCCUACCUCGCCAAGCUCAACCCCGUACCUGCCUUUCCCGAGUACACCGGCCCCUACAAGGUUGGCACCAUGGACGUCGAGAUCCCAGUUGGCGACCUGCCAUCGCCCAGCCCGGCGCCGGCCAACGCUACCGCCGCCGGCAUCGAGACGGUUCAAUACCGCGUCUUCUACCCCGCUGUCCCCGAGUCCGCCGAGAAGCGCAUCAGCUGGCUGCCUGCGCCCCAGCGCAAUCACGUCUCCGCCUACACCCAGUUUGUCGGCAUCAGCCAGAUGCUAGCCGGCGUCCUCUCCUUCAUCCCCCGACAUCUCCAUUACACCACCAUCCCCGUACACAAAAACGCCAAGCUCCUACCCGCCACCACCGACAACCAGCGCUGGCCGACUAUGAUCUUCUCCCACGGCCUCGGCGGCAACCGCACCUCGUAUUCGUACAUUGCCGGCUCCCUCGCCUCCCAUGGUGUUGUCGUGUUCUGCCCCGAGCACCGCGACGGCAGCGCCGUCGUCACAUACGUCCGCCUCAAGGACCAGAUGAACCGCUUCUUCACCGCAAACACCCGCCGGGAGAUCCCCUACAACCGCAUUUCCCACGACGUCACCCCCGAGGUCUACGAAGCCCGCGAGGACCAGCUGCGCAUCCGCCUCUGGGAGAUGGGUCUGGUCCAUGAGGCCGUCCAGGCUAUGGAUUCGGGCGAAACCUUUACCAAUCUCAACCUUUCCACACCCAGCCUCGAUCAGUUCGUCGACGCGCUCGAUGUCAAGCGCCCCGGCAGUAUCAUCUUUGCCGGCCACUCCUUUGGCGCCGCUACCGUCCACCAGCUCCUUAAGUGCACGUACUACGCCGAUGUCCCCGAGGUCGCCGCCAUAGAGAAGUCGCUGUUCACCCCGGCUAGGGAUAGCAGGCUCCGCAAGCAAAUCACCGAGAAGAAUGUCACCAUGCUGCUCGACAUGUGGUGUCUGCCGCUCCUCGCCCCCAACUCGGCACCGCUCUACAACCUCCCCCUUCCCGUUUAUGCCGACACCUCCUCCGCCCCCGGUGGCACCGGCCUACUCGCCGUCGAGUCCGAGGUAUUCUUCAAGUGGAAGGAGCACCUCAACGUCAAGGCACGUCUGCUGUCCCCCGACCCCACCACCAAGGUCGUUGGCCCGCAGACGUUUGAGACGGAGAGCGGCAUGAAGCACGUGGAGCCCAACUUCUUCUACGUCGUCAACUCGGCACACCUCAGCCAGUCCGACUUUGGCAUCCUUUUUCCCUUCCUUACCAAGAAGAUCUUCGACGCCGAGCAGCCCGAGCGCGCGCUGCGCCUCAACCUGCGCGCCCAGCUGCAGCUCUUCCGCGCCAACGGCAUCCCCGUCGCGCGCACCUACACCGGCGACCUGGUCGACGGCUCCCACAUGGGCAAGCUCGACGUCAAGCAGCAGCAGAAGCAGGGCGGCAAGGACGGCGACGAGGUCCCGGUCGACCGCCGCGCGCAGCAGCAUCCAGUCGACGGCAUCAUGGACGACAAGGCCAUCUUUGACCGCAGUGGCAGCGACGUGGUCGACAACUGGGCCUGGAUCGACGUCAUCGGCCUGGGCGAGGACGCGGACGCUGGAAAGUCGGCCGCAGAGCAGGUCGAGGACGGCGAGGAGGUCAUCAAGGGCGAGCUCGACCCCAGUGAGCAGCCUCUGCCCGUCGGAGUCACGCCCAUUGCAAUCGUCAACGCCGCUGCGUAA